AGUGCCGGAGCAUUUCCUCCCAAGUAAAGCCUUGGUUGAAAGCCAACAGCGCCAAUGAGGCAUCAUCCAGUUCGGCGGACCGUGCAAUGGACAUGGUGGCCUUUACUUUGUGGAUCGCUUUUCCUGGGCAGUUGCUGCUGGAAUUUCAUCCAACCAGUCAAUCGUUCCGAAGGUUCACUGACUCGCACGAGGAACAAGAAGACCCAGAUUAGCCGUCAGAUGCACAGCCAGACCGAGAACUAUGUAUCAGAGAAGAGCUAUUUGGUCACGGAGUCUUCGGCGAUGACCAAGACGGAUUUGAGGCGUCGUUUGGCAUUGCGCAAACCUUUGCCAGAGCGCCUGGCUUUGAUGUUCCCGCUGGACGUAGAGGGAGGACAACCGCAAGAUGCAAGGUUAAAGCAAUUCGAUAUGAGUGGACAAUUUGUGGAAGUCUCUUUGAAUGGAAAAGGAACCCUCAAGCUUGUGGAGAAGCACGCAUCUCUUUGGCGUGUACAAUCAUCUGAUAGUGAUGUAGCUCCGGGCACGUUGGUUCAGAUGUACGACGCCACUCCUGAUGCCAAAGCACCAGAUUCUGCGCAGACCUCUGGAGCAGUGAAAAGCAGCAUCCUUCACAAGUCUUCAGCAACAGGCGGAGGCAUGGCCUGGAAUGGCAUGGCAGGCUUCAGCCUUGAAGGCUGCCCACGAGACUUUGACGGUGUUCAUGUGGCCUUCACCGUCUGGAACUGUCAUGGUGGAAGCUGCAGCAUGCUGCAAGAGGGGGAAGAUGCGAAGGCAUUGGUGUGUGAAUUUGGAGCAUUGAAGAGAGGGCUCUCUGACAUGAUCCCUGGCGAAAGCCGGAGGUUUUGGAUUCCCGGCGAUGUGAAGGAUCGUCGCUUUGGAAGACCACCCCCAGAGAGCUCUUUGCCGUUUGGAGACCUGGUUGUAGACCUCACAUUGCUGGGAAUUGAACGUGAAGCAGUUUUUGAUUACAAGCUCUCCGAGGAAGCCAUCAAGUUAGGUGAAGAGCGAGAGAGGAAUCCUGUUGUUGUGGCUCAAAGGGCUCUUGGAAUUGGUAUACAGCUUUGGACAUGGUCUCUCGUCUAUUCCUACUACCAGGGAGCUGAGGACCUCGGCACAAUUGGGUUCUCCCAUUCAGUACACCUCUGAUUUUCACUACCUCUUCUCAAAAAACGGCAUAAUUCAUGCAAAGUGCAAAUUUGGUUGGGACCUGACAAGACUCUUGGCUAGCAACCUUGAGUCGACUUUCCCUUUUGAUGAGAUUGAUGCGCCCAUCCCGUUCCAAAGACUUUGAGCUCUAGUGACUAGCAGCAAGUGCCUGUCAUGGAGUUUCAGUCGAAUUGGCAAGCUUCAUGCAUGAGGGCGCGUUCUUAAUUGAAACGGGCUUCUCUUCUUUGCCAUGUACAAAUGUUUGAUGUGGGCACUCAAUAUUGAAAUAUUUCAAAGCCAGGAUGUGAAUGAGAAGUUGCGAGCUUACAUCUAGUGCCGCGCACUAGGUGUUAUGCUUUAGGGUGUGAUAUCAAUGAGCAAGGAGGCUGCGCCCAUUCAAUCGGUGCUACUGUGGACGGUCGUUUGGUGCACGAUCGAAUUCUCGACCAAAAGAAUUGCAGUUCCUUGUAGACAGACUUAGAGCUACUGUGCAAGUGCCCAUUCAGUUUCAUCAUUCCAUUAUCUUCCAGCACCUGAGUUCGGGCCGUUGCCAAUUCUUUAAUUGGGUUUCGGAUGCUGACGGCAAAAAGGAGAGCAGCGAGCAGGUCUUGGGUGUAGCCAGUCUCGGUGUUGCUGCGACUUGAGGCGUUGGUGAUGGAAUGGCUGUGUUGGUCAGUAGGCUCACAGGAAACGGUCCAGCAGGAUUGUCUACAAG